GAAAGGUCCCACUCAUAAGUCGCAGUAAAGUCUGGGAAUGGGUGCAUAGUACAUGUUGUGGCUUAUUGUUUAUAAAUCAAGAGUUAUCAUGGUUACUCAGGCCCUGAAAGAUGUUUUUGUCAUAAUGUGAGGAAGGAAUGUUACAGCAAUCAUGUCAGCUGAGAAUCUGUUGCAGAUGGAAGAGGGGGAUGAUGAUUAUCCCCUGUUGCCCCUCCAAAGGGGGUCUGGAACCAGACAAUCCUUCACUCAGCUCCGUCAGAAACAGAGGGCGCGUCGAGUCAACGUGGGUGUGACCGAAGCAGACAUCAUGAUGGAGGAGGAGGGCUAUUAUGAUGACGACCUGGAGGCCAAAUACAUGGCCACAUUUUCCCGUCGGCAGAAACGUCAGACAAUGCUUGUGCUCCAUGAUGCACUCUUCCUGGUCCUUGAUUUCCUCCAGUUCUACGCACUCUUGGCAGCCAUCUCAUUGCGGUGGCCCUGGCCCUUCAACUGGCUCUACCCAACUCGGUUCCUGUUCCUCGCUAACCUUGACGUGUGGGAGUUCAUGAAGAUGAAUGACCCCGAAGUCUACAACUCAGCCAGGAAUAAUUUUAUCGACAGCACCCUGAUUGGUUUCGACUACCGCUGGUAUACGCUGGGCUGGGCCAUCUUCAUCUUUGUGGCGAUCACUCUAUAUAUCAUCCUGUACAUUGCAAUGAACUACCAGAAGCGUUACAACCUGCUGUUGCAGGUCGCCAGGCUCCAGAGGGCAUACAUCAUCCUGUGCCAGGUCCUGGCUAUGCCAAUUGGCGUAAUGAUGGCAAAGCUUUUCCACUGCAAUGCAGACGACAACAUGGAUGUCCACAAUGCAACACCAUGUGCAGGUGGCGAGCACCUGGCCUACGUCGUUCCCUCGCUGGCAAUCUAUGUGGGACUUUUCAUCAUACUGCCCAUUUGGAUGAUCAUGAAAAUCCGUACCCAGAUAUUCAGCAACCGGUCAGAGCGCCAUGAAGGGUUUCUGCAACUCAAAGAGACCGAAUUUUCCCACGGUCUGGAUUUCAUCUGGGCCAUCAAGCUAUACCACCUCUUCUCCUCCUUCCGUCUGGUCUGGGCCUACUACCGGCCGGUCAUGUUCUUAUUCAAGCUGGUUCUCUUGGCAUCCUAUGCAGCCCUCCUCUGGUUACCCAUGUGGCAGAUGAUAGUUUUCCUGGUGGCUAUUUGUCCCCUAUUCUUGGUCAUCCUCAUCCGACGUCCAUUCCGCAUCACUUCCUUCAAUGUCUACAUCAUGAUCAACUUCCUCUGCAUGCUCAUCCUAGCCAUCAUGGGCCUGAUGCAGAACCUCUUUGACACCAACUCUGUGUUCUUUCAGGCUGAGUAUCUUUUCUCGGAGCUGCUGGCCGUCGGGGCUUUUUGGGCGGUGUUUACCGUUGUCUGGUUUGUGUAUGUCUUGCUGCGCUACUACGGCCUCCUGUGCCGAGGGGUGCCGCUCUGGCCGGAAAUGACCAGCCGGGAGGUGAACAAGUUGAGCGGUGAGACCCAAAAGUACAUGAGAGCCCUCUUGAAGGGCCGCAUUGUCUUGGAGCAUGCUCUGUCCACCUGCCCACUCUUCAGUCCUGUCCACGAGCUAUCUCGUCAGAUCCAGAUCAUCAAUGCCUACUGCCGAGAAGCGGAGUACCUCCACGACCCCAUCCACGACACCUUAUGGGAUCUUCUGGAUGAGCUGAUAGAAGCCCACACCCACCUUUCUCCAGUGUCUCUCUUCUCUGAGUCGGUCAAGUCCUCCAUUCGUGAGACCGCUCACGAGUUCAUGAAAUUGAUGCCGGCUUUCAAGAAGCGACUGGCACAGAGGGAAUAUGACUUCAUCCUUAUGACCCCCAUGAAAAGGAGAAUGCUUCUAAAGAUGUUCACCUUAGGUGUUUUCGCGAAUGGAAAAAUGAACAAGCCCCGUCCAGUGGACCAGACAGAGACUGUGCAGAGGUUAUAUAACCCCAGGGAAUCUGUGGUCUUGCAGCAGAGAGGUGUGGAAGGUGAUGACGGAUUUUAUGAAGACAUGUACGAUUCUCUCCAUGACUUGGAUCCGAGCACCCUUCGUCUCAAGCAGCAGCAACAGUACAAGGCUAGGAUGAUGAGACGACCCAUCCUGGAGGAGAUGAGCGAGGAUGAGGAUGUAGAUGCAGAUGCUGAUGAGGACAGUGAGGUGGAAUGGAUGCGAGGAAUCCCCUCACGAGCUGAGAGUGACUUGGUGUCUUCAAUCAAUGAUCGUGAUGCUGAUGACUUGUCUGACAUGAUGGCAGGCAUUCCCAGCAGGCCAGGAAGCAUUUCCAGUUCUUCCAGGUCUGUGAGCAGACACGUGUAUCAACGGUAAAAUGAGAUUUUUGAAAGGUAAUUUGCUCUUCAGCAUCCAGAAAUGUCAACAGAACUUUUGGGGAUGAAUGUCAUAAGCACUCUGGGUACACAGUUAAGCACUCUUCUGAGGUGACCCAAAAGGAACUUUGUUAUUUAUCUCUACAACACCAAAAAUGUCCUUCAAGACUUCGUUGAUUUCUUUUGUGGCAUCGCGAAGUGCAUUCGUUCAUCUAUUUUCGCUUCGAUAUUAAGAAUUUUGCCAGCAUGUUUUGAAAAUACAUGAAUUUGAAGUCAAAACAGGAAUUUGCCUUGUUGUGAAAGAAAUUUGUAGUCUCAGGAAGGUAAAAAAAAUGAUGCACUGUGAUGUCCUUUUGAGGCCUCUUUUCCCACAGAAACAUUGGAUUUGUCUUGUUCUUUGGGUUCAGAAUGUUGGAAUUGAAGUGGUUUCAGAACCUGCAAUCACCAUCACUCUCAAACACACAAAUGCACAGUCACGUUUUGCUUCCAAGAAAGAACCUGGAUGUUUGUCUUCCACGCACUCCCUUUGUUUUCUGUACCAAAUCUUAAAGGCCUGUCCGUGAAUUCGUACAUGAACUUUUUAAAGACUGGAAAAAAAUUCCCUGCACCGUGGAUGCACCCAUACACAACGUUUUCAACAAGUUUGUUGCAACGGUCUUUACCACACACUUUAAUCAUUUCCCCAUCUCCCACAAUGACACUUGCAUUACUUCACCUUUAACUUGUAAUCUUAAGAACAAUUUGGGUAGAUGUAUUGGUCUUAAGUCAAUGCAAUGCAGCGUUCUUCCAACAACCCUUCAAGAUGUACCCUUUUGUUUCGAUUAACAUUUGUUUUGCUACUUCUUAAGGUGUUUCAGAGCCCUUUUUUUUUAGGCUUAUGAAAAUGUUCAUAUUCAUGAGCAAAACUGUGAUGUCAUUCCAGGGAGGGAACCCCAUUGUUUCAUUGAUAUGUCUACAAACCUGCUAGAAUUUUUUUGUGGGUGUACAUUUUUUGGUCUUCAUUGUUGGGUAAAUUAAGUACAUGGCGAUAAGCCUGUGAGCAAGCCUCUCUUGGGGAAUUGCUUUCUAUGAGCACAUUAUGGGUCCAUAAUUUGAACAGAAAAACCUAAGAAGUGAAAAGUGUCUUCCGCGAGUGACAUCACAGCAAGAGGGCCCUCAGUUGUCCAGAGAGGCAUUGACUAUUUUAAAUGUGUUUUUAAACAAAAAAGA